AUGAAUCAUUAUUCAAAUAUUAAGUCACCAGGUGCAUCCUGGAGUCUAGAUACUUUUGGACCGGUUAAACCAUCUCCAAACAACAACUAUAGAUUUAUGUUAGUCAUGAUCGACAAUGUCUCAAGGUAUGUCAUUAUAUCUACACAUCUUACAAAAGACAUGAAUACGUACACCAACCAAAUUGAAAACAGCAUACAUUUUAUUAAAACCCAAUUUGGACGUACGGUACAGGAACUAAUAAUGGAUAGAGGAUCUGGGUUUAAUAAUUCACAGCUCAAAGAAUUGUGUGAUGAAUUCGGUAUCCAUCGUGUAUUUACAGCAGUUCAGGACCACUCUGCAAAUGCAAGAGCAGAACGAGGUAUCAGAACAAUUAUCUCAGAUGCACGAACAUUAUUGAUACAGGCACGAAUUCGGUUAAAGUUUUGGCAUUAUGCCGCAAAAGCUGCGGUCAAUGUCCGAAAUUGA